CCCGCCCGUCAUUGAAUGUUAUCAUUCAGAUAGAUACUUUCUCGUUUUGCAAGGUGUAACAGUGGCAAAACAUUAGUCAUUGAGGCGUUUCUAUUUUCUCGGUGUGGGUUAUUGUAGUUUGUGCCGCGUAGUGGCGUCACACUUGACUAUUGUGGUUUGAUUGUAAUUGGGGGUUGUCCAGCCCCAACCGUUGAAAGUGACCAUCGAAAUGGACAAGUUGUCGGUGUUUAGCAGCUUGCAGAAAUCGAUCGAUACUCUCAAGGCAACGGGAUGCAGUUCCAAGGAGAAAAUUCACCACUUUGGGUUGAUCAGCGAGUCGAUCGUGUCGGUGAGGUCGGGCGUUGGAAGUGCCAACUUCCAGAACCACCUCAGUUCGGCUGUCGAAUGUUUGCUGGCGUUUUGUGAGGAGUCGGACUCGGGGGUUCGGAUGAGUGCGGAAGAGAACUUGAACAAGAUUGUUCGAUUUUGCGAGGGGAACGGAAGUAUCGUUCGGGUUCAGAUUGAUUUGUACCACGAGAUAAAAAAGAACGGUAAUGAGCGAUCGCUGCGAAUCAGUUUGGCCCUGUUUGGCCAUUACUGCGGAGCUAUCAAGCAGCGAAAGGGUAAAACUUUCGCGCAGAAUCUACUGCCGAGUAUUUACGCGAUUUCGAAACGAUCCGAGACUCAGGUUCUAGAGAGUUUGAGCACCUUUUUAAAGGUGUUCACCGAACGUUUGGAAUGCUACAUGACCGAUGGAGAAGUGCUGAAGAUGACGGAAGUUUUCGUCGAGGAUCUGGCAGCCGAGUGUGCCACCAAGCGACGUUGUGCCGCGCAGAACAUCGAUUACUUCAUAGCGGGGUCACGGUGUCCGGAAAUAUACGCCAACAAUGCGUUCAACCGAUGCAUCGAGAUGCUGCUGAAGAACCAAGGACAGAACGCGGCUCUUGGAGUGCUAGCUUGCUUUCGAGGAAUUCUGCCGCUGGUACUGAAGCACUCCAGCGUAGAAAAGUCCAUCGAAACGCUCGAUUUGGUACUCCACUUCUUGAAGGACGGAUCUCACAGCGUAAUCAACGCAGCCCUCGAGGUCAUCAGUGUAAUCUUCGGCAAUCUACCAGCUGCGGUCAAACAAGUCCUGCUAUCCCAAGACGUAGAUCACCGAAAGUUCCUGCUGAAGCGCAAAACCCUUAAAAACUCCGUUUUCAAAAUCAACCUCAGCGAAAGCAUGCUCAGCUCUCGCAAGUCCAGCACCGACGCCCGUAUGGACUCCCUGAACCCACGUCACGCCGGAAUGUCCUUCCUGCAGGUCAGCUCGACCCCUACAAAGUUCACUCCCGGCGACGACAAAUCGCUCGCGUCCGCGUCCGACUUCGAGCUAGACUCGUUCCGCAGCAUGGAGUUCGACAACUCGUCCAACUUCAGCCCGGAAAAGGACCCGCGAUCCCCGCGAUCCACCCAGCCUCCGGACACGAUAUCGCUGAAAAGUCAAAAAUCAACCGAUUCCAUCGGUUCCUUCAUCAACACAUUCCUCACCACGAGCACUAGCGCCGGCGAAUCGGUUACCAAGUUCUUUCGCAAGUCGUUUGAUUCGCCGGUGGCAUCGGCUUCGGCGCACCUUCCGUUGGCGGACCAGCACGACGACCUGUCGCUGGAAUCGCUGGCCAGCAGCCAGAUCUCGAUGCAGAGCAGCACGGCGGACACGAUCCGGAACGAGCUGCUGCUGGAGGUGGACGACCGUACGGAAACGGUCAGCGAAACGCUCCAGGAGGCGGCAAGGGAGGACGAAGACGAGGACGUGACGGAAGCGGACGAGGUGCGGGCGGAAACGCCGACGACGGCUUCCAUUGCGGGCGCCAUGGAAGACAUCGUCAACAUCGGCGACGCGCCCGUUCCCGAGGACGACGACACCACUCCUUCGCGGGACCUAUUCAUCGGUACCAUCCACGAUCAGAACAUCCUGGACUACACGGUUCGGCUGAUCGCUUCGCGGUUCCUUCUGUCGGGCAACAGCUGUGGCUCCCUCAUCCCGGACUCGACCGUGCGCGUAUCCGUCAAGGCCAUGUCGCUGCUAAUCGUAGGCCAGUGCGUUCAGCUGCGACCGGAAGUGCUGCUUCUGCCGCUCGAGAAGGACAUUCCCCGGGAGGAGUUUGACGUGGUGGAGAUUUUGAACUUGGAGGACGCCAUUGCCGAGAUUAGCAGCGAAGCGAUUCUAGAGGUUGAUGAAGGGGCUGCGGCGGCUGGGUCUGCUGAGGUCUCCGAAGUUGAGUGUCUGCUGGAGAUGAAGGAGGACCACUUUGGGGAGUGUACCAGCUCGACGUACUUUGAGUACUUUUCGCCGAUGAGCAUCAGCCUGGAUCAGGGGCUGACCUCGCUGAAGAGUAAACUUAAGUUGGUGGAGGAGAAUUUCAGUACGAUGGCGAUGGACAGUCAGGACAAGCUGAGCAAGGAGUUGGACGCCAUAUUGUCGCAGUCGGUUUGUAGUGGCGAGGUGGCGCGAAGAAAUCGGAAGGAACUGCUGGUGGUGCCGAGGGUUAUCACGGUGGACAGUGGAGAUCGUGCUGGCAAACGGUUGGUUGGAGAAGGCGUUCAACAGAUGCUGGCCGACGUGAUGCUGUACUACGAUCAUUCUGAUCAGACAUUGAGGGGUCAUGUGCUGCAGAUUGUGGGAUACUUCCUUGGAGUGGUUCUGGAAAAGCAUGGUAGCCUGGAGAAGUUUUUGGAGGGUGUUGACAAGAACGCAGAGUUGGACAAAUUCAUCAAGCUGGAUGCACUGUUGCACGUAGUUGCCAAGGGACUCCUGGACGAGAUACAUACCGUAGUGAACCAAGCAUUGACGGCAUUCGAUCAGAUAUUCGCUAUAUAUUGUCGAACUCGACCAAUUGGACCACCUCCAAAACUAGAAUCAAGCGAUUCCGAGUUCACCUUUAAACCAAAACCCAGUGAAAACAUUUUCAACAACACAAAGUUGCCUACCAUGACUCCGGAACUUCUGAUCAACAAGCUCCUGCUGGUGUUCCAAAACAAAUACUGGUUGGUUCAGUGCAAGGUUUGCGAUGCGAUCGUCAACCUUGAUUUCGCAUUGCUACGAGCAGUUCUCGGCACUGAAUCGGCUAGAAUUGUACAGGACAAGUGCCUCGAUCAGCUGUUGCUACUGAUCAAGGACGGUGACUUUCGGGUGCGAAAUCAUUCCGGUGAGCGGUUGAUUGGUUGGAUUGAAAAUCUCGCCAAGUGUGGGCGGGGCUCGCGGUUCAAUGAAGGUAUCCUGGAGACCUUCGUCAAGGAGUACGUUACGGCUAGCUUUGCGGAACCCAUUGACGCUAGGAGGCUAGAGAAACCCUCGGACGUGAAGUUGUUCGCAAGCCGUGCUGGACCCGUUUUCUACAAGUUGAGUAACCAGCUGCUGAACCUUGGCGAUCGUAAUCAGUUGUUGGGUAUAAUCCACUUCUUGAGAUUGUUCGUCACAAAAUACAAUCCGUUCGAUUUGCUGGAAGUUUGGAACGAGUUCAAUUUGCUGAACGUUCUGCUUAGCUUGAUGAGUGAACACACCGGAACAGCUUUGGAUCUCACCGCACAAAGUGACCUGUUGAAGAUUUGUUCCUCCCUCAUGAUCGUGACAAUGUCAUCGCGCACGAUCAGCCCAGCCGACAACGAGGUGAUCGACAAGUUCAUAUUCCACGUGCUGAAAAUCUUCAACAUCUACCAGCAUCUGUUCACAAACGUCAAGCCGGUUGUGAUCUCGCGCGAGAAGUCCGAUCUGUUCAUUCCCCAGAAGGAUCUGCAGUUGAUCAACUGCUUUGGGUAUUUUGGAAACGAUCACUUCUACAUCAAGCUAUACGGCUUGUUGAAGAAUUCGUUCGAGAGCUACAAGAUAACCGUGAAUGGAGAUGUUGGGCAGAAGUUGUUCAGUCUGUUGCGUUCGACAAUCUCCAGCUUGUGGCGCUUGUUGGAGAUUAAGAACAUCACAACGAUGACAAACGGAUUUAAGUUCAUCGAAGAAGUGCUGCGAUAUCUGAUGACCUUCCUGCCGUACGAGCCGGAAUGGUGUGUAAAGUGUACCAGAUAUCUGCUGCGGUUCCUCUUCACGUGUAAUUUUGUCAAUCGAACGGCGGACGUUGAGUACUUCCGGCGUUCAGCGGACAGUCUUUCACUGCACGAUUCGGACGCCUGUCGGGAGUUCUUUGACCAAUAUUACGACUUUCACAAGUGCAAGUCGAUCAUUUCGACGACCGAUCUGGGAAACUACAUCAAACAGUUCGAGCAAAUGGUGAUCGCGUGUUUGAAAAUCUACUCCAAGACGAGUGUGGCCGUACAAACCGCCAUUUUGGAACUGCUCUGUCAACUGCUGGACUACAGCAUCAACUACCAACUGCUAGACUCGAGCAACGUGUUCGUGGAGUGCGUGCUGAAGCACGUGGAACUGCUGGAAACUGGAACCAUUCGGGGUUCGGAAGUCUUGAUCGGAAGAAUCAUUAAGUUCCUGGUCCUACUUCCGCACACGAAAGAACGCUCAAGGAUCGUAGACAUUCCAAAGAUCAUCAACAUCUGUGAUAACAUGCUGGCCAACGGGUUGAUACGGGAUACGGCGAUCGCAUCGCUGCAGGUAUUGGCGCAUGAAAUCUUUUUCCUGAAUCGAGCUGUAGACCAGACCAACCUUGGCGAGCAUGCCACGCAGAAGGAGGUGAUCCUUAACAUGAUGAUCAAGUUUCCGGAGGAGGUCCGAUGUUACGGAGCGGCGCCGACGAUUUUGUUGGUUGAGCGAUCGACGCAGUCUGGGAAGUACGAGGCGGAGAUUUUGAACACACUGUUGGGGGUCAUUCAGGAGGGAAAGCUGGUCAUUGAAGGAGAUAGAGAGCGGAUGAUAGUGGAACAAACGCUGGACGCGCUGGGAAAACAAGUUUUGCUGGAAAGCAAUGCUAUGCAGAACUUUUUGAAAAUCUUUUUUGGGCUUGAGAAGAACAAAGACAUUGACGAAUGCCAAAAGAUUUUGUAUUAUCAGCUAAUUUUGGAGAAGGUGCUGCUGAGUACGGAGGAGUCAUAUCUGAUGAGCCACGUCAAGCUGUUCUUCAACAAGGAGCAGUCGUUUGGGGUGGAUGGCUCGGGAGAGGCUCUGCUGACAAGGACGCUGAAUGACAUCUUGGGCAGGUCGAUCAGGAGUUCUAACGAGGUUACGACGCGACUGUUGAAAACCAUGACAAAACUACGCAAGUUUCCAACCGUUAGUAAGCGGUUACUGGAGAAGAUAAACUUCGAUGGGUGGGAUCAAGUCGUUGACCAUCCGGCAUUCUUUGAACUCCUGAUAGGUUCCGGAGUAGACACAAAGCGGUUGAUUACAAUCACUAACAAAGCCUCGAAAACAGUAGGAUCACAAGAGGUUGCUGCAGAAUUGAUACGGUUGCUUACGGAGAGUAAACCAACAAAGGAUCACUGGACUUCGGACGAGAUUACGCUGCUUGUUGAAAGUCAUCUCGACCUUCUAUUGUCGAACUUCCCCUCGUUGUUGCUUGAAUACGUCCCUCUCAAAGAGUAUUCCUUGCUGAUUGUGCCUAAUGUAGUCUCUGCUAUGAAGAUUGACAAUUCAAAUAUUAAAUUCUUCUCAUUGCUGGAAAAAUCACAUCUUAAAACUUUCACUACCUGUGUAGACCAUCUAACAAACCUAUUACACGCUACAAACAUCGUGACCGCUCGAAAAUCUGCCCUAGUCCUCGACGCCAAACUAGAACAGCUGCUGAAAGCAGAACCCCUCGAAUCCGAAACACUUCACCAGAUCCUCCCUGGCGACCAAUUCGGGCGACUCUUCGCAACAUUCUCUCCCGAUCGUCGCAAGCGAUUCCCAAAGCUCUUCAAAACCGCCCUUCUGCUAGUACGUUUCUACCCCGCUGUGGUACCUCCCCAGGAUUUGCUUCCUCGGGUUGACGUGACACAGCUCAAGCAGAUCGCAACGGACGAUCCGUGGUUUCUGGAGCAGAUCGCCUACCACUGCACAGGACCUUCGUACACCAAGUCCAAGAACGUCGCCCGCAUGCUGCUGGAGGUUAACUCCGAAAGCAAACUGAUCAACCUGUUGUCUUCGGCCGAUUUCAACGCACGGCUUCUCCGGGAGGUGAUCGAGACCGGCUUCGAUCACAUGUUGCACAACUUCCGUGUUGAUUGCGUGCUGUUCAACCCACAUCUGAACUAUUUGAAGGUUCAUCCGAUGUUGAAGGUUGCGUUGAUCGUGCUGGUUAGGAAGCUGGACGAGAUAAAUGGGACUCCGGAGGAGCGAUGGGACGAACGCACGUUUCUGAAUUGCGCACGAUCGGUGAUUGGCUUUCUUGAAAGUCUGUCCCGAUUGGAACAUACCUGCUUAAUCUACGUGGAGGCGAAAUUCGUCGAUCGUUUCAUCAAGGACAACCUGUUGAAGUCUAACUUUUUUGAGCCACUGCUGAUCUUCGCUCGCAAUUGUGCUAAGCUGGUGCGGAACAAGAUCGCGACAACUUGCCUACAAAACACAACCAUUCUCGAACUUUACCUAAAAGGUAUCGAUUCCACCAUACGCCAGAAGCAUCUCUGGACGGAACUGAACCAGAAUGACAAGUUCCGCGACGAUCAGGAACUUUACGUCAACCUUAGCUUCGACGUGAUCAAGCACCAUCUGCGAGGAUCGCCCUUUCUGGAAAGCUACCGUCCGCCGGAAAUCUUCUCCGACCUGAUUGCGACCCGGUACGACCAGGUCGAGGUGUACCUGCAGGCCAUCUUGAUCGCGCAGUACAUAUCCGAACGGCAGCUCGAGUGUCCCGAAGAGCAACGAUCGCUGCUGGAGACGGUGCGAGCGGUAGCGAUUGCGGUGCUCAAGACCGAUCGGUUCUACCCGUUCGCGAUGACCCCUGGUGAGGUGUUCAACUGCUACAAUCUGGAUGUGGACGUGGAACCGCUCCGACUGCCGGCCGUUCCGAUCGACUACCUGUACGAGCUGGACACGCUGGAGGUCUACUUGAAGCGGGUGAGCAUUUUUGGCUUCUCGUCGAAGCAGCAGUUUGAGGAGUUGUUUAUGUCGCUGUUGGUUUUGAUCAACAGGGAAGGCGACCCGGACAUGAUCAACUACCAGGAACAGUACGAGAUCAAAGGCAUGUGUUUGCGGGCGAUAGUUGAACUUCUACUGAGUUGCUACAAGUACCCGCGGAUAGGAUUCGGGGACGGCAAGUUCUACCAUGUGCCUCGUAACCCUGCGAUCAAGUGCAGUUCCGUUGGUCUCAAAAAGCUGCACGGUAUUCAGCUGUUGAUUCCGCUGAACAGCGUCUUCUACCAGUCGAACCUGGAGCGCAACCUGCUGGUGACCUGUACGGACGAACUGUGCGCCGGCGGAGACAACGCGAUCGGGACGCAAACCUUCGGCUGUAAUCAGUUUUCGAUUCAGUACUCGUGGCAUGCCAUGGAAGGGCUGGUCAACGAGUCGCUGGUGGCGCGGAACUUGCGGUACUUUAUCGAGAGAGCUAACCUGGACGUGCUGAGUUCGGUGCAGCUGAUCUACGACAUCUUUGGGCAGCUCAUGGAGGACUUUUUCUCACUGGUACUGCCACAUCUGGUAAAGUUCUGUGAAAUCUGUGAGAACCGGGACCAAAUCCGGCAGCUGUACACGCUGGUGCUGGCACUGCAAGAGCGGGUCCCGAUGGAGGAUACGUUGUCCCAGCAGCACAUUAUCUACCUUCUCUGCAAGAUGGCCGCUCUGCUGGUUCCGUCAAUGGCCGAGCUGACGCACUUGUGCACCAUCAUCCCGACCUACCUGAAGAGCACCCAGCUGUACAUCCGGGACGCCACCCUGGCCGGACUGAUCUGCCUACUGGAGUGCCUGGUCACGUCCAACACGACCAUGGGCGGACUCAGCGAAGAACUGCAGCUGUUGCGGAACGUGAUCGUGAACUACAUCGUCAAACACGGCAUUAUCGAUGAGAGUUCAACGGCGUUCAGCGACGUGCACACCAAGUUGGUUUGGACCCUUAACUUCUACUUGAUCGAGAACACUUCUCGGUUCGUGACGGACUGCAAUCUGCUAUCGAAUAGUGUCAUUUCGGCGAAUAACAUACUAAAGAGGACAACGAAUCUUGAGAUCUACUUGUGCAUCCUGAAUGGUCUGGAACGAGUGAUCCUCACCAACACCGCACCACGACCACUUCUCGAGAAAAUCGAGAAGCUCGCGCUGGACCUGGUCAAGCUGGACAACGAGAUGUUCUCGUUGGCCGCCCUCAAGCUUCUCGUAGCUUGCAUCUACCACGGUUCUGCUGAGCAGCUCGAGGACACGGAACGCUCCAACGGAAUCGUCCAGGACGAGCCCGAGAUCAUAAUUCAGCAGAUCGAGAAGAUCGAAAUCCUCUUCACCAAAAUCCGCACGACGACCCCGCAAGGUGCGCGCAUCUUCGGCGAAGUCCUCUGCCAGCUGAUCCGCGACCUACUCCCACCCAACGAGAUCCUCACCAAGGUCUUCAAAGAGCUUAUGCUGAACCAACCGAACCCGGAUAUUAUCGCCACCGUCACCCAUCAGGUGUUCCGCUCGGCCAUUGAUUCCUCCUACCUGGCUCUACUCCAGGAGUGGCUGCUCUGUUCCCUCCCCAACUUUCUCUCAUUCCCCCAAAUCAACAAGUCCGUCUGGUGCCUAACGGUCAUCUUCCUGUCCGCGUCGCUCAACCAGCAUCUCCUCAAACUGUUCCCGGAGGUUCUGUCGCUGCCCUCGUACCAACAGCUGAACGAGCGCGAAAUCAACAAUUUCAUUCUGGCGGCGCGCGAUUUCUACCGCAAGUUGGAGCCACCUCAGCGCGCCAAAUUCCGCGAGGUGUUUGAGCAGAGUGACUCGUUCGUGUACCAGAACUUGCUGCAGUGUCUGUGAGUAUUUUAAGGCUUUUAGUGCUUUAUAUUGUUAUUUUUUACACGCUGUAGUGUGCUAUUUAUUUAUUAUUCUGCAGAACUUUAAACGAACAGCUAAUAACAUGAGUGUAAUCACAACUUUAUAAAUUCAGAUGUUAAUCAAGAGAA